CAUGCGCACGCGGGUGCUCGCGGGCUGCGCGGCGGGCGCGAGCGGCCUCUCCCACGUGUUUGACUACGAGGCGGCGGAGGGAGGCUCGCCCUUGCACGACGCAGUCGGCUUUGGCGCGACGGCGGCGGCCGCCGCUCUGCUCGCCGCGGGGGCGGAGGCCGGUGCGGCCGACGCCACCGGCAUCACGCCUCUGCACCUCGCGGCAGGCCGGGGCAUGCUCGGUGCGGCGCGUGCGUGCCUCGCGGCGGGCGCGGAGGUGGAGGCCGCCGACGCGUCUGGCGCGACGCCGCUGCACGUUGCGGCGUGGAAGGGAGAGGCGGCGGCCGUCCGGCUGCUGCUCGUCGCCGGCGCGGAGGCGGGCGCGGCCACGCCUCGCGGCAUCACCCCGCUGCACCUCGCCGCCAAGCACGGCCACCUCGAGGCGUGCCGCGCCCUCGUCGACGGCGGGGCGCCGCUCGCCGCGCUGACCGACCGCGGCGCCACCCCGCUGCAUUUCGCGUCGAUGCACGGCCGGCGGCGGGUCGCGCAGCUCCUCCUGUCCUCCGGCUCUUGGGUGGACGCCGGCGACCGAGGCGGAGCGUCGGCCCUCCACCAUGCCGCCGCCGCCGGGCACGCCGGCGCGGCUCUGGCUUGCCUGCAGGCGGGCGCGGCCGUCGGCGCGAUUGACGGCGCUGGCGCGACGCCGCUCCACCACGCCGCGUUGGCGGGCAGCGCAGACGUGGUGAGGGUGCUGCUGGCGGCGGGCGCGUCCGCGAGCCAAGGCCCGGGCGGAGCCACCCCGCGGGAGAUCGCUCUCGCGCGGGGCCACGCCGAGGUGGCGUCGAUCCUCGAGCGGGCUGGUGGUGGCGGUGGGGGCACCUCGUUGGCGGCGCGGGUUUUGCUGGCGAUUGGGGCGGGCGUGGUCGCUUGCGCUUGCGUGGGAUGGGCUUCGCUCAGAUCAGUUCC